AUGGCAUCAGCUCAAGUCUGCCCAGUCGUUGGCACAACCAACUCUAUCCUUCCGCCCAGCCAUCCAUCAGUCGACCUCGACCAGCCAGGCCAGACGUGCCCGGUGACAAACGCAACCACAGAUCACCACCACACGCUUGCUCAGCAUCCGAAAGUCCCCAUACCAGACGGCACAAGCGCAGCAGAUGCCACCGCAUGUCCAGUUCUCGAGAGAGUGGUCUCGCAACCACAGAGCAAGGCUAUGGAUGAUAAGAUCUGCCCUGUCGUGGGUCCUUCCACCAGAUCAUCCAUCGAUCGAGAAUCCUACAAACGAGACGUGCCCGGUAACAAAGGCAACCUUAUCACACCACAAGGUAAGUAG